AUGCUCUCAACCGUACCCCUCAAUGUGGGACGUAGGCGCGUCUGUGGCUCCGUCUUCUCCCCUGCGUCUCUUGAAGCCCACCCGCCCUCGGAUUUCCAACGCGAGCAGACGCCAGUCAUAUCGUUCCAAGAAUCAACCGACUCUUCAUCAACCUUCAAAGCAGACUCACAAUCAACCUCAUUCGCGACGAUUGGGGGAUCGACAGAUGCUGCGUCCCCAGAGGAAGACACAUUAAACCAAGCGCGGCAGGCAGCCAGAGAAUUUCUGUCUGUGCCCAAUCUGGGCUUUGAGUUGCUUUACAAUUUCCGGAAUACUGAUGGAAGUCAGAUGUUGAAAGAAUGGAACCGGCUCAGCCCUCCGUCGAAGGAGACGGCCGAGGCUCUAGAGUAUCUUAUGCGAACUUCUCCGUGGACCUUGUUUGAAUGGUACGGGAACGAUAUUCGGAGGCAUUUUCUGGUCAAUUUCCGAACUGGGCUAUCUAAGCUGUUAAAAUCCCUGGCAGAAGGUCUACUCCGGACAAUCGUGGACUGCCUACAGCUUGCGCGUCGAAUUUAUCUCGCUCCCGUCGUGCACUACAUGCUUCCGUUGAUAGCUCCUUCCCACCAAGGAGGGUUCUUGGCUCAACUACAGCGUGCUUUUCAUACGGUGGUUCAAUACAGUCUACCAUGGAAGAAUAUCUCACCGCUUCUCGCCAGAGAGCUUACACAAGAUGCUGUGAUUAUUCUAGGCAUUGAUACCCUGGACGAAGAUUUCGAUAUGGACAGAAUGAGUCUCGAUGGAACGGAGAUGGAGCGGGCAUACUCCGUCUCGUACAAAGACUGGAGGCAAGAAUCACCCGAAGCCCAGGCACAUAUGAUGGUCGAGGGAGAAGAUGGCCGUGUGACGAUUGCACGAGAUCAACUAUUGGCAUUUCUCAACGGCUUGCAGCUUGUCGGGCUUGGCGGUGACCAGGCCCAGAAGGUGUUCGCCAACGUGAUGAACAUCAUGAUGGGAGACUUCAUUCGUGCCGCGUACACUGGUGAAUGGGAGUCGCCUUCAACCGCACCACAGCACCUGGAACAAUGGAUUGAAAAUGUCUAUGCACGGCUCGUUGUACAGGUUCUGGCCAUCAUCGAUUCUGACCUCGCUGGAACCCAAUCCGAGGCGAUAGAAGUGAGCUUUCGCGACGUGGAGAAGUGGCGAGUGAUGGGUAUUGCUCGGCUGGGCAAGCUUCGAGUCAGCGAGCUCUUCGAUGUAGUUGUUGAUUGGCCUGCAAGCAGUGGAGCGGUGGAGGAUCUGCGACGUUUCACAAACAACUCGUCUGGAGCACGAUUGUAUGUGACGCAUUUCUUUUCUAUUAACUUGCUCCAGCGAUUAUUGCAUCCCGGCGCUUCUACAGUCGAGAUCUUGCAGGUUUACAUCUCGAUCAUUCGAGCAUUCCAUAUCUUGGACCCCAAGGGUGUUCUGCUGGAUCGCAUAGCUCGACCGAUCCGGCGAUACUUGAGAGACCGCGAUGACACCGUCAAGGUGAUUGUUAGUGGUCUAUUGGCGGACCCUGCAACAGCCGACGGACCGACGGCUACCGGCGAUAACUUAGCAGAGCUAGCGGCAGAGCUGACCAAAGUCCACCAUCACUCCAUGCAAAACAACAGGAGCGAACUAGACUAUGACGAUUUAUACUGGAUGCCCGAUCCAGUCGAUGCCGCUCCAGACUAUAAAAAAUCAAGGAGUGUAGAUGUCAUUGACAGUCUAGUUAGCUUGUUCGACUCGAAGGAAACAUUCGUGAAGGAAAUGCAGACUCUUCUCGCAGACCGCCUCAUCCAGAAACGCCAGAACUACGACCAAGAGAUUACAGUACUAGAGCUGCUGAAGGUCCGAUUCGGUGAUUCAGCACUGCAGGCAUGCGAGGUGAUGCUGAAAGAUAUCUCUGACUCCCGACGUCUCGACCUCACCGUGCGGAAUGAUCAGAUAUUGUCCGGACAUCGAAAACAAGCAGGCGUCGGAAAACUCCACGCCAAGAUUCUGUCACGCUUCUUCUGGCCAGAGUUCCAAGAACAGGAAUUCAAGGUUCCCGAUGAAAUCAUCAAACUGCAAAAGCGCUACGCGACCUGCUUUGAAAAGCGCAAGGACUCGCGCAAGCUCAUGUGGCGCAACGCCCUAGGCCAAGUCACUGUCGAGCUUGAGUUAGAGAACCACACUUUCAAAGACGAAGUGACAACCUGGCAAGCAACCGUAAUCUAUGCCUUCCAAUCUGAAUCGAGCGAACCCGCUACAAGAACCAUCCCAGAACUCGCCGAAGAGCUCGAGAUGACGCCUCCGCUUAUACGUAGCGCCUGUCUCUUCUGGGUCAGCAAACGCAUCCUCACCGAAGUACAUCGCGAUACGUUCCGUGUGUUAGAAGUCCUCCCCACAGAAGAUGAUGAACACCAUGCGCACGGAGCCGGUGACUUCAGCGACGCAUCGGACAGCGAGGCGGGCGACACGGCCAACGCAGCCGCGGCGGCUGAAGCGGCGGCCGCAGCAGCAGCAAAGGAAUCUGCUGAGGCGGCUGCGAUGGAGAAAAUGAAUGUGCAUUGGCAGUUCAUUGUGGGCAUGCUCACAAACCAAGGACCAAUGGCUCUGAAUCGUAUUGUCAUGAUGCUGAAGAUAGCUGUUCCUGGCGGGUUCCCAUUCAGCAACGAGGAGCUGCGCGAGUUUUUGAGUGGUAUGGUUUCGAAGGGCAAGUUAGAGAUUGUUAACGGGGGUAAUUACAAGAUCUUGCAUUAG